AGAAGCCGCUGCCCUUUCAACAAUGACGAUACCCUGAAUUAAGGUGGAAUUCGAGAGCCAUUGGAAGUGCACCAUUAAGGCGGUUCAUCAGCACUAGAGCGUACUCAAAGACUGGGGAGACGAGUACGUACAAGAUAAGCAAGCAACCCGACACUCGAAAGUUACGGAAUCUCUACAAAUUCCGAGCAAAGCCUUGGUGAUUUCCUCCUCAUUGAGCCAUCCAUCAAUAUGGCGUUCUCCAUGGCCAUGCCCUUCAACGAAGGUGAAGAGAAGAUGCACAAGCUCCUUCAUGUCCCCGACCACGAUAACCCUACGUCAACUAUGCUUACACCGCAGGCCUCAUUCCUGCUACAAAGAGCACCCCUCCUCGCCAUCGGAACUCUUGACUCGCAGAAUCGUCCCUGGACAACCGUAUGGGGUGGCCAAACUGGUUUCACGCAACCCCUGGGUGGUGGCAUUGUCGGGACGCGAACUAUUGUUGACGGUGAGAAUGAUCCUGUUGUCCAGGCCCUCGUUGGCGGCUCUGAAAAAGGGGAGAUGGUUCGUGGUGACCCGAAAGGAGACGGUGUUGGGAGAAUGCUAGCUGGGCUGACUAUCGACCUGAUGUCAAGGAAAAGAGUUAAAUUAGCUGGACGUAUGGUGGCAGGCAGUGUUGGCGAAGUUGAUGUUGAGUUUGAAGAUGGAACGGAAAAAGUGGAAGGAGCACCUGGAAGGCAAGAUCAGCUGCAACUCGUAACAAAGAUCGAACAGAGUCUGGGAAAUUGUCCGAAAUACCUGAAUCAAUACGAAAUUCGGCCAGCGCUUGUCACCUCGAAACUACUCUCUCAAUCCCAAUCGCUCACACCAAACGCCAAAGCUCUCAUCUCUAAAACAGACAUGUUCUUCCUCUCAUCCAGCACCGACGAAGACAUGGACACUAACCAUCGUGGUGGCCCACCCGGAUUCGUCCGGAUCCUCUCCGACAAUGAAAUCGUUUACCCCGAAUACUCCGGUAACCGACUCUAUCAAACACUCGGCAAUCUGCAACUGAACCCUAAGGUUGGAAUGGCUUUUCCAGCUUACGAAACAGGAGAUGUGCUGUACCUCACCGGAGCUGCUGAGAUCCUGGUCGCAGGCGAUGCAGCCUCUCUUCUCCCCGGUAGCAAUCUCGCGCUAAAAAUCACAAUUAAUGAGGCAAGACAUGUAGAAUCUGGGCUCCCGUUCCGCGGAACAAGGAAGAUACCGUCCCCAUACAACCCGCUUCUCCGCGUGCUAGCCACAGAAGGAAGCAUCAAAUCCUUAAUUUCCGGCUCCACAUCUCGCACACAUGCCACCCUAAUUAAAAGGACAAAUAUCACUCCGCAAAUAUCCCGCUUUACGUUUGCGGUCCCCAACGGAGUCGAAUACUCACCGGGCCAAUGGGCGGCAUUUGACUUUUCCAAAGAUAUAGAUAUCGGGUACUCACAUAUGCGAGAUGAUGAUCCACGGAGCUUAAAUGACGACUUUAUCCGGACGUUUACCAUUUCUUCCGUGCCAGGGACUACAGCAAACCAAAAGGAAUUCGACAUCACGAUACGGAAAGUGGGACCCGUGACAAAUUACCUAUUCCAGCAGAACGAUCGUGCGGGUUUCGAAGUCCCGCUUGUUGGUAUUGGUGGUGAGUUUAGGAUUGAACAGGGAGAUGAGAAGAUGAUACCUUUCGUAGCAGGCGGCGUGGGGAUUACGCCGCUGCUUGGACAACUUCCGGGUCUGAGGUUGUUAUCAGAUAGGUUUCGUUUGCUGUGGGCAGCGAGGUUGGCGGAUGUUCAUCUCGUCGUUGACACGCUGCAGCGAUUUCCGGACUUGGCGAAAUGCACGGAGGUGUACCUCACAAGUACCAACGAUCCAGAUGACGCUGAAGGGAGGUUGUCAGAGCUCCGAGACAAAGGCGUCAAGGUGGAGAUGAGGCGAUUGGAGAAGCGAGAUUUAGACGCCGUGGAGUCUAAAACGUGGUAUAUCUGCGCUGCCAAGGGCCUGCGCGUUACUCUCUUGUCUUGGUUGGAGGGCAAGAAGACGAUUUUUGAAAACUUUGAUUAUUAGGGCAAUGCAUAUGGAAGAGUCAUGAUCAGUAUCUCUGUAUUUUGGUUCAUGUUUGUACUUUUGCAUCAUCUCUAAUUUAGAUGGGCGUCUGAUCUAUUUAGUUUUCCUUCUAGGCAAGUGUUACGAAGGAUGAUUUGAUAAGAAUCCUGGACGUAACUACCAUCUUUCACAAGCUAUCUCCUGGUAUGAACAAGAACGCCCAGGAGUUAAGCAAGUCUAUAUAGA